AGUGUCAAACAGCAGCUACGUUAGCAGCAGGGGCUAGUGUCCGAUUAACAACCAUACAAGCAGUCUGCUGUAGUCCUCCAAUCACAGUAUGGAAGAAAGGAGGAACAACUGUCACCUAGCGAAUAUUCAGGAUACGUUUUUGUAGGUAUAAUAGAAUAUAUGAGGUGUUUUUUCACGUUUAAUCAGCACCUACGGCUAAUACAGACGGUGGCUAAGUUGAGCUAACGUAGCCCUGACAUUUCAGCCAGCAGAGGCGUCAAAAUACAAGACCGUCCCGUUUGGUUAACGGCAAUUAACAAGUAACGUCUGCAGUUCUCCAAAAAGUAUAUAGAUAGGUGGGAAUCAUGCAUCACGCUAAGAUAAAGACCGAAAAGCCAGAUCUAGAGGGAACUGGUGCACGCAGCAGGUUGGAUGCUGUGCUAAAGGGACUUGUAGAGAAAAGUGAAAAUGAAAGGGAGCCAAAUGAGAGUGAUCCAGGAAAAAUUUCAACUGAAUCUUUAAACAAGGAUUUGUCUCCAUCAUCUGCUGGAAAAAGACCUUCAGCGCGGUUUUCUCAGCACCGUAGAAAGAAACGAAAGGAUAUGGAUGAAGGCAUACCAGAGACCAAUCAGCACAAACAAAAUGCUUAUAUCAUUAAGUUGUUUGAUCGCAGUGUUGAUUUGGCUCAGUUUAAUACCAGUACCCCACUGUAUCCAAUCUGCCGUGCCUGGAUGAGAAACAAUCCUUCUGUACGAGAGCCAGCAGCUUCUCCAAGCUCUCCACACAGUAUGACAGAGGAAGAGGUUACAGACAUGAUGAAUGGUAAAAGUCAGUAUGUGUACAGACUUCCUCCUCCAGUUUCCUGUCCAGUUAUUCUGUCUGGGGAACCCAUCAACCUCAGGAUCCCACAGACCGAAAAACCCACAAAAUCUUCUGUUACCAAGUUAACAGAUGUUGCUGUAUCAGGAUCCCUGAUAAGUGACCACAUGGAACGAUGGAAGAAGAUAAGGCAAAAAUGGAAGGAAUGCUCCAACAAGAACCAGUUAAGAUACAGUGAGAGCAUCAAGAUAUUGAAGGAAAUGAAAGAACUAUAUGAUCACUAACUGGUUGCCUUGCAGCUCCUUGGUGCAGAAUUAAAUGAGCCAUAGCUUUGCAGUUAGUUUUUUAAGUGCACUCUGUACGAUUAGAUUCAUAUGAAAACAUUAGAACUUUGAACCCUAAAAUUACACAUCCUUUGUUUUGCAGAAAGCUUUUGAUGUACAUUGUUUCACGAGAAUGUGUUUUUGUGUGAUAUGGAACUUUAUUCUUGAAUAUUUACUGUAGGUAUGAAGUUUUCAGUACCAACUUUCUAGACACACUGUGACUUUUUGAUCUUUGGAACAAUAAAGCCCUUUGAAAUUACUUUCUUGAUUUGGAGAC